AGUUUCAUUUUAAAAAUGUUGCAUUUUUUUGGUUUAAACGUAAAGUUGUUAAAAUUCGCCGGCGUUUGGGUGUACGAAGAUCAAUUAUCAAUUUUGAACGUUUACAACGUUAUUUGUAUUUUUUAUUCGAUGAUUUUUUUCACUUUCUCCCAAAUAAUUUCGUUGAAAGAUUCGAGAAAGGCGAAAAUCGAUUUGAUUCGCAACAUAAACAUGACGACUUCUUUUGUGUUAUCACUUUAUAAAUUAACGAAAUGGUUUUUGUGGAGAAAAGAAAUCCUAAGUAUUAUGAAGACAUUAAGCGACACAUCAAUUUUUGAUUUUUACAAUAAAAAAAAAAUUAUUGAAACGAACAAAAAAGUUAAAGAUAAUUUAAUUAAAAUUUUUCACUCUCUAUCCAUAGCCGUUUCUUCAAUUUGCUUCUUAACGAGAUUAUUUCAAAUCAUUUUUAAUGAGGAGUAUAAUCAGGAAUUGCCGUAUCAAAGUUGGAUCCCUUUCGAGUAUAAAUCGUCGAAAUUCCAACACAUGUUGGCUGUUUUUAUGCAGUGUUUGGCGUUGUUUAAUUGUGGCUCAAUAACCGUUGGUUUAGAUAUGCUUUAUACGGCUUUGGUGAUGUUAACAACCGUUCAUUUCAAGUUAUUGAGAGAGGCGUUCAAAAACAUACAAAAAAAGGUUUUGAACGAUCUAAAAAUCAAGCACGAAGAUGAAAAGUUUAUUAAAAAAUGUGAGGAUGAGUUAAAAAAAUUGAUUCAGCACCUCCAGGUGGUUUUAAAAAUUUGUGAUGAUCUCGAAACAAUUUAUUCCUCGUUGAUUUUUGCGCAAUUACUCGUUUCUUUAGUUGUUCUUUGCACUUGUAUGUUUUUAGUAACAACGGUUCCAAUUGGAUCGAUUGGAAAUGAUUUGGCUUAUUUUUUAGCCAUAGAAAAUCAAUUGGCUUUGUAUUGUUACACAGGAAAUGAGCUAACACUCAACGCGAUAUCUCUCCCAAACUCGUUAUUUCACAGCGAUUGGAUUCAUUUAAGCAAACAAUUCAAACACAACCUAAGAUUUACAAUUAUGAGAAUGUCAAAACCUGUUUAUUUAACAAUUGGAAAGUUUUCUCCUUUAACUUUACAAACCUUCGUUACGAUUGGGAGAGCUUCAUAUUCUUUAUUGGCAAUUAUAAAGCGUUGAUUUUGUUUAAACGUUUUAAUUUAACCUAAGAUAGGAAAAAAAAUGUACAGCGAAGAUGACCAAACCAGG